AUGAGCUCCACAGAUGAAGUGUCCGUUUGCGGGGCUGGUUUCGGCCCGGAGGGUGGCAAGCAGGCCAGGGCCCACACCGCCAGCCCCAGAGCCCCACAGGGCCACAGCCACGGCCGAGGCCUCGAUUUGGGGGGGCAGCGCAGUGGUGAGGGCAAGGGGGAGAGCGGGUUCACAGAUCCUGAGGGCUUCAGUUUCGAGCCUGAGAGCGACUUGAUAGAGCAGGGAAGGGUGGUACUCUGGGGCCGGGAAGGCCGGCGUGGUACCCCGGUCGACGACCAAGGGGACGGUGUGGACUACUCUUUCUGCCUGGCUGAUGAGUCAGCCACCAUCAUGCCGCCGUCCAGCGUCCAGGGACACCCGUCCCCAGAAGGCGCCGCUGCCAGAGGGUCCACUGACAUCUGGGCGGACCUGGAGGUUGGUCCCAGUGGGAGAGGUGUGCUGAACCCCUGCCCUGGAGAAUGGCAGCAGUCCUCUGGUGGCCCUCUCCACCUCAGUGUUCCUGGGCCGGGACCGGCCUGGGAGAAGCCAGAAAGGGGCUUGAAGAGCAGAUUGAGCGUCCAAGUGGAUCCCCAGCAGCCCUCUGCGGAAGGCCCCGCCGGGCUGAGUAGUGACGACUCUGAUUCCACAGAUGAGAGCAGCGACUUACCGGUGAUUAGGGUGAUCAUUAGCACCAAAGAAGGAAGCCAGGCCAAGCCUGGAAGCCCCAAGAAGCCAGCAGACACUUGCAGACGCCCCAGUUUCCACCGCAGGGAGAGUUACCUUCAGGAUCAGGGACCUCUCCUGACCUCUCCUCCCCACAGACUCACCCCAGUAGUAGAGAGGCCGGCCAUGGGAGAGCUGGAUGCGCAUUCCUUGAAGAAAAUGCAGAGCAUGGUGUGGGGAAAGGUGGGGGUCAGGCCCAGCUGCUCAGGAGCUGCCGUUAGAGGGCCCCUAUCCCGGGGCCCUCUGGGAAGGAAGGUGACCCAGGAGAAGAAAUCC